AUCUUAUUUAACUGUGGCCGGUGUGUUCUUUUACCAGCUCUACUGGCUGAAUUGCUGGGCCGAGGCCGCUUCCCAGAGGGUCUUCUAGACCGGGCAAAGGACAGCGAGGAGAAUAGGACCCCCUCUACGCUUGUGAGUGAGCCGUGACCCCGCCUCCAACUGGGUUGUCCCCAGCACUCUGGAGUCUCGGCACCAGCCCCUCGUCCCCCGCUGCUCCCGGAGGUGGUGCCCUGGACCUUGUGCGCAAUUUACUCGGCAGGGACUGGGGUCCCAGGCCAUUGAGCCAUCCCUGCUGUGAGUGGUCAGCCAAGCCUGUGGGACCAGCUUCUGUCACCGCCGCUCGCGGUCUCGCUCCGCCCACUGGGCCCCAUGGCGGCGCAGACGCCGGUGAGUGAAUGGUGCGCAGGCCUAGGCGCACCAGGGACGCAGUCUAUCCGGUGUUGACCGCGGUGAUGCAUUGGUAUCAUUUGAAGAUGUGGCUGUGACCUUCACUGAGGAGGAAUGGAGACAUCUGGACCUGGCCCAGAGGACCUUAUACCUGGAGGUGAUGCUGGAGACUUGUGGACUCCUGGUCUCACUGGGUCAUCAGGCCACAUCCUCGAAGUGGCCAUAGGAUGAUGCAGCAGCAAGUAGAGUGGCAGAUCCGCACAUUCAGCCCUGUCUUCCUAACUUGGAUUAAAGAUGUUUUCUUCAGAAUGGGUAGCAGUUUCAGGUCAUCGCCUCCCUCAGACACCUGACUAAGUGCCAUUCAUCAGUUGAUGAAGCCCAGUGUUUUUAGCCAUCCUUGGGCACCAGAAUCACCUUGGGGAGCUUUAAAAACUACCAAUGCUCAGUCUUUAUCCUCAGGGAUUUGGUUUAAUUCGUUCUGUGUUCAGAACAACAUCUUUAGCUAGUGCUGAUGCACAGGAAAGUUGAACCCUACUGACUUGGAUUAAUUAGGGAGCACCUUCUGGAAAGAGGAGUCCCCUUUCUGGGGUGUCAUGGUGGUGUGUUAAAGAUGUAUACCCUGUAUACUUGAGACAUUUCCUUUUGUGAUGGAGUUAGUCAAUAUUGGGUGGCUCUCAAUAUUAAUUAGGCUGAUAAAUCAGGGCUGUCUGAGAAGUGCAAAGAAUAUGAUUCGAGUGCUGUAGGCAGCUGUUAGGGAGGUGGCUAAAAGAGUAAUAAGAAGGUCUCAGGCAUUUGUAUACAACAUGUAGUACAUGCUUUUUUGGUAAACAAGAAGCUGUGUUAACCUGUAUACCAUUCCCCAUGUAUUUCUCCAUGCACAGGGCAUCCUGUUCCCAAACCAGAGCUUAUCUACCUACUGGAACAUGGGAAAGAACUAUGGACAGUGACAAGAGGCCUCUCCAAAAGCACCUAUACAGAUACAAGCAACAUUUCUGUUGGGAAUAUACAUAUGAGUGGACUGGCUGGAUCAUGUACACUAUGUAUGAUAGCUCUAGUGGAAAGCUCCAAACAGUUUCAAAGUGACUACAGUUUCACAUUCCCACCAGCCGUGUAUGAGUCCUCACCGCUCCAUAUACCUGGUGAAAAAGCAAAACCUGAGACCACAGAGCUUACUGCUUCUCAACUGGCCUUCACAGUCCCUGUUGAGGGACCAGCACCACAGGGAGCCUCAAGAGAUUCCAGGUUGGGGCAAGUGAGGGAUCAGGAAAACCCAUCAGAAAUGCAUGAAGGGAAUUUAAGACCAGGAAUAGACACUCACAAAAAGACAUGCCCUAGGAAGUUGGGCCAUAAACAUGAUUUGGAGACAGUUGAUAGUUUGUGUUUAACAGUUUUACAGAAGCAAGUCACUAUACAAGAUGCUCUGCAUGAACAUUCCCAAGGACCAGGAAAAGACCCUGUGGUUGAUGCAAGGAAUAACCUCUACAAAUGCAAGGACUGUGGAAAAGGGUUUAGCAAGAAUUGGGCCCUUGUUCGGCAUCAACAGAUUCAUGCUGGAGUGAAGCCUUAUGAAUGCAGUGAAUGUGGGAAAACCUGCCGUUAUAUGGCAGACUUCAUUCGACAUAUGAGGCUUCACACUGGAGAAAAACCAUACAAGUGUAUGGAUUGUGGGAAGGCCUUCAAACGCAGGUCUCACCUCACAGAGCACCAGCGUGUUCACACUGGAGAUAAGCCCUAUGAGUGCAAGGAAUGUGGUAAAGCUUUCACCCACCGCUCCUCUUUUAUCCAGCAUAAUAUGACCCACACUAGAGAAAAGCCCUUUUUGUGCAAAGAAUGUGGGAAAGCUUUUUACUAUAGCUCUUCCUUUGCUCAACAUAUGAGGAUUCACACUGGAAAAAAACUCUAUGAGUGCAGUGAAUGUGGAAAGGCCUUUACUCACCGCUCUACUUUCAUCCAGCAUAAUAUGACCCACACAGGAGAAAAACCCUUUCUGUGCAAAGAAUGUGGAAAAGCUUUUUGCCUCAAUUCGUCCUUCACUCAACACAUGAGGAUUCACACUGGAGAGAAACCCUAUGAGUGCAGUGAAUGUGGAAAGGCCUUUACUCACCGCUCCACCUUUAUCCGACAUAAGAGGACCCAUACUGGAGAGAAACCCUUUGAGUGCAAAGAGUGUGGGAAAGCCUUUUGUGACAGCUCUUCCUUAAUUCAACACAUAAGGAUUCACACUGGUGAGAGGCCCUAUGAGUGCAGGGAAUGUGGAAAGGCCUUUACACACCACUCUGUUUUUAUCCGACAUAAUAGGACCCACAGUGGAGAAAAACCCUUGGAAUGUAAAGAAUGUGCGAAAGCCUUUUACUAUAGCUCUUCUUUUACUCGACAUAUGAGGAUUCACACUGGCGAGAGACCCUAUGUAUGCAGAGAAUGUGGAAAGGCCUUUACCCAACCUGCAAAUUUUGUUCGGCAUAAUAGAAUCCACACUGGAGAAAAACCCUAUGAGUGCAAAGAAUGUGAGAAGGCCUUCUGUGACAACUUUGCCUUAACUCAACAUGUGAGAACUCACACUGGAGAGAAACCCUUUGAAUGUGGUGAAUGUGGAAAGACCUUCAGCCACAGUUCAUCUUUCACUCACCAUCGAAAGAUUCAUACUAGAGUUUAAAAAAUGUGGGAAGGCUUUUGAAAGUGUGUUCACUUCAGUCAAUUUUAGUGAAUUCAUACUGAUGAAAUACCUUUCCUUGUGUAUAUAAUUAUUCAGGAAAAUCUUCUGGCUAGGGAAAUAAUCUUAUUGUCUGAUAAUUCGUAGUGAAGAAAAACAUAACAAGUGUCAUCCUCUGAAAGCUUUUUGUGGCAAGUAAUCUAAAGGGUCAUAUUAGUAAUUGGCCCAGCGUAUAGCCUUAUACUUACACCUGAAAAUCAUCCAUGAGAGAGAUUCAGUAAUCAUGUAUUUAGGAAAACUGCCAGCAAUAAUUCCCAUAUUUAUACUACAAAUCCAUCUAAAGAGUAUUUUUAAAAGAAAAGAGGUAAAGGAGGAGAUGUUGAAGAGAAAAAAGGCAUAUAUGUUUUCUUUCUAGUUUCUCGGCCAAGCCUAUGACAAUCUGUCAUUGGGGCUGGUGGGGUGGGGGCUUGAGGGGUAUGAGAGAUAAAAAGACUUCAUCCCUUUUAUGUGUUUUUUAUAUAUCUGAAAUCAGGAAAGUUAGGCCAUUGAGGGCAGCUCUGCCAACAUUUAUUAAAAGUAUUCUUUAUUACGAAACCUCUUCAUGUCUACCUUUGCGGAGCAUAAGUCUUCCUGAGAAAUAUAAAGGCCUGGAGUCAUGAAAUAAUUACACACACAGUAAAUUCCUGUUAGUCAUGAUAGUUACACUCUGUACACUUACCAGAAACUAUUAAUGAAAAAUGAAAUACAGAUUUAGGUUCCUGUGAGCCUCUAUUCUCAACAUUUUCACCAACUAAUCAAUGCAUAACCUUUUAUGGAUUUUUUUUUCUAUUUAAAGACACCUUACUUGAUAUAAAUCAUAUGCAGUAUUUCAUUUAAUAAAAGUAUUUCAAUUA